AUGAACUCAAACUUCCCAGAGGACCAGAGGCCUGGCCUGAACCCCAACUCAAUCCUGGUGAACAAGACCUUGCAGCAGGACUCCCCAGGCAUGGUGGGUGACAGGCUGCUACCAAAGACAGAUGCAGUAGUUAUUGAUAUGGGCACAGGCACCUGUAAGGUGGGCUUUGCUGGGCAGGCCCGGCCCACCUACACCGUGGCCACCAUCGUGGGCUGCCAUCCAAAUAAGCCAGCCACCACGGGACAGCCCAGGCUGGCGACAUUCAUCGGCGAGGCAGCCCGUGUGCACCCGGAGCUGACACUGGUGCAGCCCUUACACGGGGGCAUCAUCGUGGACUGGGAAGCAGCUGAGCUCAUCUGGCGCCACAUACUGGAGCACGACCUCCAAGUGGCCACCCAGGACCACCCGCUGCUGUUCUCUGACCCGCCCUUCAGCCCCGCCACCAACCGCGAGAAGCUGGUGGAAGUGGCCUUCGAGUCGCUGCAUUCGCCAGCCAUGUACGUGGCCUCCCAGUCGGUGCUGUCCGUCUACGCCCACGGGCGCGUCAGCGGGCUGGUGGUGGACACCGGUCACGGGGUCACCUACACGGUGCCAGUCUUUCAAGGCUACAACCUGCCCCAUGCCACCGAGCGCCUGGACCUGGCCGGCAACCACCUGACCGCCUUCCUGGCGGAGACGCUGGUGCGCUCCGGCUUGUCGCUUGGAGAGCAGGGCCUGGACAUUGUGCAAAAUAUCAAGCACCAGUACUGCUAUGUGGCCUCUGACAUCCAGAAGGAGCAGGCCCGGCCCGAGCACCAGUACAGGCAGACCUUGCAGCUGCCCGACGGGCAGACAGCCACGCUAGGCCGAGAGCUGUUCCAGUGCCCGGAGUUGCUGUUCAACCCCCCAGAGAUCCCAGGACUGUCACCCGUGGGCCUCCCCACCAUGGCUCAACAGAGUCUCUACAAGGUGCCGCGGGAGGUGCAGGCAGAAGUGGCCCAGCAGGUGCUGCUGUGCGGAGGAUCCUCUCUCUUCACCGGGUUCGAGGGUCGCUUUAGGGCCGAGCUUCUGAGCCGUCUGCCUCCUGAGGCCCACGUGGCGGUCGUGGCCCAGCCCACCAGGAACAUCUCGGUGUGGAUCGGGGGCUCCAUCCUGGCCUCGCUGCGUGCCUUCCAGUCCUGCUGGGUCCUGCGGGAGCAGUACGAGGAACAGGGACCCCACGUCGUGUACCGCAAGUGCUACUGA